AUGUCGGCGGCGGCUCCUCCGGCAGCGUCGCUUCCACGUACCUCGAGCACUCGUCGUCAGCAGCCCGACUACACCCCUCCCGCCGACCGCGAGAGAGACCGCGACCGCGACCGACCUCCUCACCGUGCAGCCAGCACCUCCCACCGCUCUGCUGCCGCUGCCGCGCCUUCCUCCCCGCGCCGGUCCAUGUCCACGUCGCAGCAGCAGCCACCGACGCCCACCUCGCACACCCGCGCCCCCUCCACCAACCUCGACAAAGUCGCACGACAUGACUUUGAGCAGACCAACAUCGCUCGCCCGGACACCUCCAGGAGAAGCGGCGAAUCGCGAGAUCCGCCCACGAAUGGCUCCAGCGCUCACCCUCCCCGCGCCGACAGCAUGAGGAAUCCCUCUUCUCACGCGCGGACUCAGUCCCGUUACAAUGACCAGCCUACCCCGGCUCCGAGCUCGCACAUGGGCGAGACUAGGUCGACAAAUACUCAGAAUCUCAGACGGCGCACGACGAUAGAUGCUACCACGGGGCAUUGGGAAUUGGGGAAGACGGUGGGCGCGGGGAGCAUGGGCAAAGUCAAGUUGGCGCGUAACAAAGAGACUGGGGAGCAGGUGGCGGUCAAGAUCGUGCCUCGACAAAGCUCAGAGGGCGAACACCGGACACCGCAAGAACGUGAGCGUGCCGACCACAGCAAAGAAAUUCGAACGGCGAGAGAGGCGGCCAUCGUGACGCUGGUCGACCAUCCGUAUAUAUGCGGCAUGCGAGAUGUCGUGCGAACCAAUUACCACUGGUAUAUGCUGUUUGAGUACGUCAAUGGAGGCCAAAUGCUCGACUAUAUCAUCAGCCAUGGCCGGUUGAAGGAAAAGCAAGCCCGCAAGUUCGGCCGCCAGAUAGCGAGCGCUUUGGAUUACUGUCAUCGCAACAGCAUCGUCCAUCGUGACCUCAAGAUUGAGAACAUCCUCAUCAGCAAGACGGGUGACAUCAAGAUCAUCGACUUUGGUCUCUCGAAUCUCUUCAGUCCUCGCAACCACCUCAAGACAUUCUGCGGCAGUCUCUACUUCGCCGCUCCGGAGCUUCUCCAAGCGAAGCAAUAUACUGGACCAGAGGUGGACGUGUGGAGCUUUGGCAUUGUUUUGUAUGUCCUUGUAUGCGGUAAGGUGCCUUUCGACGACCAGAGUAUGCCUCAGCUCCACGCCAAGAUUAAGAAGGGCGUUGUUGAGUAUCCUCCGUGGCUGAGUCCUGAAUGCCGUGGCCUGAUCGCACGCAUGCUGACUACGAAUCCACACGAUCGUGCGACACUACAUGAAAUCAUGAAUCACCCAUGGAUGACCAAAGGCUUUAGUGGACCUCCUGAUAACUACCUUCCAAUCCGAAAGCCGAUUCAGCUUCCAUUGGACCCUGAGGUGAUUGACAAGAUGACCGGCUUCGACUUUGGAGAUGCAGAGACCAUUACGUCGCAGCUUGUGAAAGUGAUCGAGUCCGAAGACUACCAACGUGCCAUCCGUCUUCAAGAGAAGCGGCAGCAUCAGCAGGUUCAGGACACCGAUCAAAAGCGAGGCGUCUUCGGCUUUUACAAGCGAAGAAGCUCGACAACCAGCAGAGACACGCUCAACACUCCAUCAAGUGAAGCUGUGCAACUCGGAUCGGACCCCAUCAACGCAUUCCAUCCUUUGAUCUCGAUAUACUACCUGGCUAUGGAGAAGCAAGAGAGGGAAGCGAGGGAGAAGAAUCCAGGUGCCUUUGCUCUCCCACAGAGCCCAGGCGAGAAGCCACUCCAGAUACCGGACCUGGCCCCACCUGAAGCAGCCGUCACCAACACAUCGACAUACGAGAUGGCAGGCGAGAAGCCGACGGGCGGUAGAUCUAGGCCUCGCGCACGAACACACGGCGAAGACGACGUUGCUCAGGACUUGAAGAACGUGAACCUGAACAAUCAACCCACACAACCCACGAUUGUGGAGCCUGCAACGGAGCAGAAGGCAUCUGGCCAUUCGAGGAAAGAGAGUGCAGCUGCUGGGCUGCUCCGACGGUUCAGCAAGCGCGAGAAAGGAGAGCGUCCUAGCCAUCCUCCUCCAUCCCUUGCCAACUACGGCACUAACGAGACCCCGAGGAAGAGCUUCAACAUGCGACGUACCAGAGAGCCCAGCCAAACGAGGGAGACCAGCAGGCCAGAGACCGCAGCCAGCAAGCAAAGCGAAUUGCUAACUCCUCCACUGGGUGACGCUAGUAACGAACGCAAGCGUACGCAUGGUCUGGGAAGGUCGAUCAGCGUCAAUUCGAGUGACAUGAGGAGGCGUCUGACUAGGCGCGGCGCAUCCGAGGGCUCCUCGAUGAGACCUGCAGUGACACCCUCCGCUAGCACUGACCGAAAGGUGUCUUUUGACCAGGGUAGCAGCAUUAGGGAGCCUGCGUCUGAUGUCGAAUCCUCUCGACCACACACCACAAACCUUACCAAUCGAGCCAAGUCUAUGGGACACGCUCGCAAGGAGAGUAUGCAAGUACGCCGCGCACGACGACAAGAAGCUCGAACGUCGGACGUGCCCGAAGAGACGGACCAGGACAUGAUGGACGAGGUGGAUAGCAAAGACCAUGGCAGCAGCAGCCCCACGGGCAUGAAGCCAGUCUAUCUCAAGGGCUUGUUCAGCGUGUCCACCACGAGCAACAAACCUUUGAGCUUCAUACGCUCAGACAUCAUUCGAGUGCUGCGGGAACUGGGUGUUGAAUACCGCGAGAUCAAGGGCGGGUUCGCGUGCAAACAUGCACCGAGUAUCAUGCCCAAGCCGAGUACGGAUGAGGCUGUACCAUCUGGUGGUCAGGCGCUAAGUCCACCACUCGAUAGUGGCCAUCGCCGUAAGAUUAGCUUCGGUGGUUUCAGAGAUCGCAUGAAUGGCGAGAAGGAAGCGCAGACCCCUACUGGACCUCGACACAAGGCCAGCUACACCAACUCCGAGGAAGAGUCUGAGGAGGACCCACCGACAUCACAUCCUCGCCCCUCAACGUUGCGACCCGCUGGCGAAACGAGUACACAUGUGCAAUCUGAUCUUGGCGGGGACUUGACUCUGCGAUUCGAAAUCGUCGUGGUCAAGGUGCCGCUGCUGAGCCUUCAUGGCAUUCAGUUCAAGAAGGUCGAGGGCGGGACAUGGCAGUACAAGAACAUGGCACAGAAGAUAUUGAACGAGUUGAAGCUAUAG